AUGUUCUUCCUCUACAACAUGGAGCGCAGAGUCACUCUGCAUCCCUCGUACUUUGGCCGCAACAUGCACGAGCUCGUCACCAGCAAGCUGCUCAAGGACGUCGAGGGCACCUGCGCCGGCAGCUACUACAUCAUCUCCAUCAUGGACACGUUUGAAAUCUCCGAGGGUCGCAUCCUGCCCGGAAAUGGCCUCGCCGAGUUCACCGUGGGAUAUCGCGCCGUCGUCUGGCGGCCCUUCAAGGGCGAGACGGUUGACGCCGUCGUCUACUCCAUCAACCCGCAAGGCUUCUUCGCUCAGGCUGGUCCUCUGAGGCUCUUUGUCUCGGCCCACUUGAUACCGAGCGACAUCAAGUGGGAUCCCAACGCGACACCACCGCAGUUUACCAACAACGAGGAUACCGUCAUAGAGCCCGGAACCCACGUUCGCGUCAAAAUCAUCGGCACGAGAACCGAAGUCGGAGAGAUGUGGGCCAUUGGCAGCAUCAAGGAGGAUUACCUUGGCUGUCUCCAAGACUGA